CAUUUGGCUCUAGCCCCCGGGGGAAGUUGGAUGUUGGUAAAUUAUGAGUCUUUAGUAGAGGGGAUUUUGGUGCAGGAGGCUUGACAUAAGUCAGACGUAUAGCCGUUAAUAGCAGCGCGCGCUGACGAACUCCAGUUCCAUACUGCACACAUUAGGCUACAGAGUACAGACCUUCCUUUGACCAGAGCUUACAUUGUUUUGGUGUGUGUGUUUGUGUGUGUAUUUGCAGAAGCUAGUUUUGCAGAACCGCAAUGAAAUCGGUAUAAAUAGUGUCUAAGACAAUUUAAGUCACCUAUCGUGCAAACGGGAGCAUCAGCCCUUUUUUUUUAUUUUUUUUUUAUCUUUAUUAUUAGGACAGAGGAUCACGCAUUGCUCCUCCAGCGAGUUUGGGCGAGAGAGAGACCAAGUAAUUGUAACCUAAUCCUCAGCCCCGAGGCGCUCUCGCAUCGCCCCGGGCACACAUUCUUCCAGCCUCCCCCCUGGUUGGCGUCCGACGACUGGCUUCUUUGCGCGGAGAUCGAGGCUCGACGGGUCUGUUAGACGGAAGCAAGAGAAGGACGAAGGAAGGACUGUUUUUCCUUUUGCAAAAAAUCAGCUGCGAUUCUAGUUACUCCAAAGAAUCCCAGCCGGCUCUACACCAGACCCAUCCAUGUCGUCCGUGUCGGUGUCUUCUCAGGACGGGCGCAGCAUGUCCCGGAUGUCUCUGAGCAGGUCCCCGGUGUCUCCCAUGAGCACCCAGGGCAUCCCCUCCCCGGCCCAGCUCACCAAGACCAACGCCCCGGUCCACAUCGACGUGGGGGGUCACAUGUACACCAGCAGCCUGGCCACGCUCACCAAGUACCCAGAGUCCAGAAUCAGCCGCCUGUUCAACGGCACGGAGCCCAUCGUUCUGGACAGUCUGAAGCAGCACUACUUCAUCGACCGGGACGGGGAGAUCUUCCGCUACAUCCUCAGCUUCCUGCGCACCUGCAGACUGCUCCUCCCUGAGGACUUCAAGGAUUUCCUGCAGCUCUACGAGGAGGCCCGCUACUACCAGCUGACGCCCAUGGUGCGUGAGCUGGAGCGCUGGCAGGUGGAGCGCGAGGCACAGCGGACGGCGCCGGUGGAGUGCCUGGUGGUCCGCGUGUCCCCCGACCUGGGCGAGAGGAUCGCCCUCAGCGGGGAGAAGGUGCUCAUCGAGGAGAUCUUCCCCGAGACGGGCGACGUCAUGUGCAACUCGGUGAACGCCGGCUGGAACCAGGACCCCACGCACGUCAUCCGCUUCCCCCUCAACGGCUACUGCCGGCUGAACUCUGUGCAGGUGCUGGAGAGGUUGUUCCAGAAGGGCUUCACGAUGAAGGGGUCGUGCGGCGGCGGCGUAGACUCCUCCCAGUUCAGCGAGUACGUCAUGUGUCGCGACCUCAUCCGGAGCCAGUCCAUCACCAGCACGCCCAUCCGGAUCAAACAGGAACCACUGGACUAGACCACGCCAACACACGGUGUAGACAGAGCCCAGCCCCGAGACCGUUGGUGGGAUCGAAACAUCCUCAGUCGCGCUGGGAGGGAAGGAACGUUAACGGCAACACAGAGUCUGGGGUCUCAGACCAACAGACUCAAACCAGACGCAGACAAAGGAAGACUGAAACAGGACUUGGGACUUUAGACUUUGCCAAACUGAAUGAAAUGAGCAAUGUUAAGUUCAGUUUAAACUGAACAGCUUCCACUGUGAUUCUGAUGGCGACGUUGAAGACUUUAUUUUGAAGGUUUGAAAAAUCAGAAGACAAAGGUUGGAUAAAAAAAAAUAAAGAAGCUGGUAGUCUGUAGAUAGAUAGCCGGUCCAUUUUAAAACGUAAAUAAAAAACGUCAACCUCAAUGGAUUAAAUACCAUUUUGUUAUACGUGUCAGACUGCGUUUUGAUACCAACACUAAGAUCAGGGCGCAUGGUGGAAGAAAAUGAUCGAAAACCUAAUUUGUACCUGGUGGCACCAAAACUGUAAUAUAAUUUGUUUUUUUUAUAAACUAUUUUGGAAAAAAAGUGAUGUAUAUUUAAUGUAUUUGUUAUCUUUGUGUCAGGAUCCUUGUUUUGUACAGUUUAAUUGAUAUAAACCAAACAAAAAAAAUA